AUGACUGGCCGUCUAAAAAAGAAAGAGAAGGACGACAUCGGCGUGUGGUCGAGACCUCAGGUUCGCUUUGGUUGUAGCACUAUCUCGGCCAUCGCCGAGGCGCCUUGGCCACCCUGGGACCACGUCUCGCGCGUUGAAAUACGCCGUGGGCCCUGGUCCCAAUGGCUUGCGUUGGUGCUGCCCCGACUCCCUCGGUUUGUUCAGCGCGCCACGCGGGCCUGGUUUCCCGGGUGGUUUCUCCCCAACCGGAUCGUGCUCAAAAAGCUCAAAGCCGACUGGGAUGAGGAGUUCGACAAGGAGAUUGCCACUUACCAGCGGCUCGAGGAAUUGCAGGGCCGCGUGGUCCCCAUCCUCUACGGCGAAGGGAGAUGCGAUGGGACUCGCUGCCUGCUGCUGUCCGAGGUUGACGGUGUCCGCGCCGAUCAGCAAAAAAAGCCACCUAUACCGCUUGACGAGUACAAAUGGCGGGUGGAGGCGGCGCUCCGCGAGUUGUAUCAGUUCGACGUGUUCCCCACCGACGAAAAGCUGGCCAACACCAUCUUGACCCCCGACGGCGGGCUCGUAUUCGUGGAUUUGGAGCACACGGGCGAGCGGGAGGAUCCGGAUCUUGAGGCCGAUGCAGCAGGGUGGGCGUAUUGGUACCGAGACUGGCUGGAGAUCAGGUGGGGGAUAGGUCGUCCGCCGCCGCCGCCCCCUAGUGACAUGAGACCCUGCGAGGGCCUGAUUGUACCGCCGCUGCCGCCCGGCUGGGCCAAGCCGGUGGUUCCGCUGCCGUGUCCACAGCCGCGCGCACGGAAUUCGCGCGGCCUAGAUGCUGUCAAUGGCGAGCGCGUCGUCAUGGCCAACGAACCCGAUCAAUAG